AUGGAUCUCGCGAGCCUCUGCAGUGGGUCGAGGUCCUCGGGGAACUUUUCAUCUGCCGCAGGCAUCGCAAAUUGGACCCGCGCCAAGGGAGUCGCGCUCGCCCUCGCACCGCACGCUCGACCCCCAGUUCACACUCGAUCGAUCACCGCAGAGUGUUCGACGAACGAUGAUCGCCUCGCUCUGCCCCGCGGCGCUCACGCCCGCGCGCUUCGCGCGUCGGGCCGCCAAUCCGGAUAAAAAGAUUAUCAAUGCCCGCCGCGCUCAGGUUCGCCCCGUUCGAUCGGUGUCUCGGGUCGUCACCCCCCGCGCGGCGAUGUGCCCCAACCCCAACCUCGGCGACAUGUCCAAACUCCCCGGUGACCCCUCCGUGGUCGUCCACACCAACAUCGCGAUGGGCGACAAGAAGCUCGCCUUCAUGAAGGCCGCCUCCAAGUCCGUCGCCGACUGCCUCUCCAAGCCCGAGAACUUCGUCGUCGUCGCCGUGCUGGACGAGCAGGACAUGAUCUGGGGCGGUGAGGAGACCCCGUGCGCCAUCAUCACCGUCAAUUCCCUCGGAGGCAUCAACUACGCCAACAACACCAAGCUCUCCGGCGAGCUCACCGCCCUCAUGGGCGAGUUUGGCGUCGCGCCCGACCGGAUGUACACCAACUUUUGGGACAUUGGCUUCCGCGAGAACUGCGGAUACAACGGCGUCACCUUCGCCGAGGGCGCCAGGCAGGCCGCCGCCGCCGCCUCCAAGGACGAAGACGACGAUGACGAUGAGGAGGA